UCGAAUACUAACAUGGGAAACAUAAGAUCUGAAAGCGACUCAGUGAUCCAAGAGCAGGAUGAGAAGCAGCAGAAUGGCAGUAAAGGAAAGAACACCCAACCAGUCCGCUUUGGCUGGAUUACAGGUGUCAUGGUUCGAUGUAUGCUGAAUAUUUGGGGAGUAAUCCUGUUCUUGAGAUUGCCUUGGAUUACGGCACAGGCAGGAAUCCUUACCACUUGGGUGAUCAUCCUCAUGUCUGUACUGGUUACUUCAGUCACUUCAUUAUCAGUGUCUGCUCUUUCCACCAAUGGCAGAGUCUCCUCUGGUGGUGCCUACUUUAUGAUUUCACGCACUUUGGGCCCUGAAUUAGGGGGUCCCAUUGGUAUGGUAUUCUCCUUCGCCAAUGCUCUUGGCUGUGCUCUCAACACAGUGGGAUUUGCAGAAACUGUCCGAGAUCUUCUUAUUAAAUAUGAUGCUGUCGUUGUGGACGAAAUCAAUGAUGUGCGUAUUAUAGGUGCAAUCACAGUCACUUGUCUUUUGUUGAUCUCCUUGGCUGGAAUGGAAUGGGAGUCAAAGACUCAGAUUGUAUUCUUCCUUGUGUUGAUUGUGACCUUUAUAAACUAUUUUGUGGGCACUGUGAUACCAGCCACUCCAAAAAAGCAGUCGAUGGGCUUCUUCAACUACAGAUAUGCCAUAUUUGUGGACAAUUUAUUCCCGAACUGGGGAGAGUCACAAGGAGAUUUCUUCCAGAUGUUUGCCAUCUUUUUCCCUUCUGCAAUUGGCAUUUUGGCAGGUGCCAAUAUCUCUGGAGAUCUACAUGAUCCUGAAACUGCUAUCCCGAAAGGAACACUAAUGGCCAUCUUCUGGACAACCUUGAGUUAUUUAGCAAUAACUACAACUAUAGGAGCAUGUGUGUUGCGUGAUGCUUCUGGAAACCUGAAUGACAGCUUGCCAGUGAAUUUCUCUGAACCAUGUGAAGGUUUAGGAUGCAAGCUAGGUUGGAAUUUUACUAUGUGUGAGCAGAGCCAGUCAUGUUCCUUUGGCUUGGCCAACAAUUUUCAGGUGCUCAGUAUGGUGUCAGGUUUCGGCCCCCUCAUCACUGCUGGUAUUUUUGCAGCCAGUUUAUCAUCAGCUCUUGCUUUCCUGGUUUCUGCCCCUAAAGUCUUCCAAUGUCUCUGCAGGGACAACAUAUAUCCAUAUAUAGGCAUCUUUGCAAAGGGUUACGGAAAAAAUAACGAGCCACUGCGUGCAUACAUUCUGACCUACUUCAUUGCUUUGGCUUUCAUUCUAAUUGCUGACUUGAACAUCAUCGCUCCUCUCAUAUCUAAUUUUUUUCUUUGCUCAUACGCUCUUAUCAACUUCAGCUGCUUCCAUGCCUCCAUCAUCAACUCGCCAGGAUGGAGGCCAUCUUUCAAAUAUUACAAUCGCUGGACUGCUCUGUUUGGAGCAGUUAUCUCUGUGGUGCUGAUGUUCCUGCUCACCUGGUGGGCUGCUCUUAUCACCUUUGGCAUUAUCUUGUUUUUAUUAGGUUACGUUAUAUACAAGAAGCCUAAGGUUAAUUGGGGCUCGUCUGUCCAGGCCGGUACUUACAACAUGGCUCUGUCCUAUUCAGUCUCUCUUGCAACUGUAAAAGACCACGUCAAGAAUUUCAGACCACAGUGUUUGGUGUUGACUGGUCCUCCAAACAUGCGUCCAGCUCUAGUGGACUUUGUGGGCUCUUUCACAAAGAAUGUCAGUCUUGUGAUAUGUGGAAACAUUCUCAUGGGCUACCAGUUUGAUACACACAAAAAUGUCUUGAAUAAGCACCGAUUAGUAAAAUGGCUGAAUAAAAGGAAGGUCUGUGCCUUCUACACUCCCUUCAAGGGAAACAGUUUGAGAGAAGGAACUCAGCAGCUCAUGCAGGCCUCUGGUUUGGGAAAACUUAAGCCUAAUACACUGGUCAUGGGGUUUAAGAAUAACUGGAAGGAGUGCAGUCCUAAUCAUUUGGAAGAUUAUGUUAACACCAUAUAUGAUACAUUUGAUUUUAACUAUGGUGUGUGUAUUCUAAAAAUGAUGGACGGACUUGACAUUGCAGAAGAGUUUGCAGAAAACCAAGCUUUUGAGGCUGACGAGACUAUCGAGUCGGAGCAGAAUCGGAAUUCAGAAACAGAAUCAGAUGAUGAAAAAUCAAACCGGAUUAUUGACAAUGAGAUCCGAACAGUUUUUCAGAACAAACAAGGACAGAAGCCCAUUGAUGUGUACUGGAUCUCUGAUGAUGGCGGUCUGACUGUUUUGGUACCGUAUCUCUUAACUAGAAGAAAGCGCUGGAAAAGAAGUAAAAUUCGGGUUUUUGUCAUAGGGGAGCAGAAGACCAUGGAGCAUGAGCGCAAAGAAAUGAUGACUUUACUACAAAGAUUUCGUUUGGAUGUCCAUGAUGUCAUUGUAAUGACAGAUACGGAAAGGUUGCCUUCCACCAAAAACUUGAAUCGAUUUGAGAGUUCAGUUGCCUCGUUCAGGUUCAGAGAGGAGCAGCAGAGAGGAGAGUCAGAGCAGCAUCAAAACACUUCCUGUCCAUGGAAAAUUUCAGAUAAACAGAUGGAUGCAUUCAGGCUUAAGUCGGAGCGAAAGGUGAGAUUGAAUGAGAUCAUUAGAAGGAAUUCCAAUCAGGCUGCUCUGAUCUUGGUUUCGCUACCUGUCCCUCAACGUGACUGUCCCAGUUCUCUCUAUAUGGCCUGGCUGGACACUCUGAGCUUUGGACUUCACUGCCCUGUCCUGUUUAUACGCGGAAAUCAGAAAAACGUGCUCACGUUCUACUGCCAGUAACACACCAAGAUACAAUGGUAGAUCAAAUUACCAAAUGACCUGAGAAAGAAAGUUCUCCUCCACUGACAGUUUAACUCAAUGUGACAAAGUUAAUACGAAAGAGAACCGAUGAUUUUUGAAAACUACUGAAUAGAGAAUUUUCUCACUAAUCCUUAUUUAUUUUGUUUUGGCUACAGUUUCUAUAUAAUCUAAUGCAUUUGCAGUAUACAGUCAUUUAAAUAAUCAAUUUAUGUUCAUUAACUAACAAAAAAACGUAUACAUUAAUUUACAAGCAUAAAUAAAUAAAAAAAUUAAAAAGCUUUGUAGUCUUGAGUAUUGAAAAAUAUUUAAGUAUAGUCAUUAUGGUAAAUAUUCAGUAUCGAGUCAUUAACUUAAUGGUACCAUUACAUUUUGUCAAGAAGAUUGAAUUGCAGGUUUUUCUCUAUAAAAUGAGACACUGAAGUUGGAAUCUCAUGAUUUCUAGAACUGUUCUAUUUGGUAUUUAGUAUGAAAAAUAAAUACUGUAUUAAACCCAAAGCAAAACAUGACUCAAAUGAGAUGAAGUUUUUUGUAAUGGCUUUUUUCCCCUAAUUUUUCUCACAUAAUGACGAAGUGAAAAUUCUA